AUGGAUGGAAUCUCCUCUAUUAAGAUAAAUGGAUUAAAGCCGACACUGAUUAUUGUUGUAAAUCAGAAGAAUGAACAUCUUCCUGCAGAUGGAACUCCGAUUCUACAAAUAACAAAAGAGUCGCUACAAUUCAAAUACAGGAGUAUACACGGAGAGCUGAUUCUGGGAGCAUGGUCUAAAUAUUUUUCGAAAGUUGUUUUUGAGAAACAAAAUGCUUUGGCCCAAAUUCAAUCUAUGAAUGACAGAGCUGUAAGGAUCGCGUAUAACAAUGUAAAACCUCGUUUUUUUGUGAAAAAUGAUAAAUGUGAUGAUGACACAUUAGAGGGAAUACUGAUAGGAACAUAUAUAGAAAAGAGGAAGCUGAAGCCUAAAUUUAUGAAUAUGCUCGGGGUUUGGGGUAAUGAAAAUCCAAAAACUGGAAUCUGGAACGGACUAUUUGGAAAGGUUAUCUAUGAUGAAGCAGAUUUUGGUGUCGGCUAUCUCGGAUACUCAAGAGAAAGGGCUGCUGUAACUACUUUUACUACAGCGUUAGGAGAAGCUACGUUAAACUGGGUGUCUAAGUAUCCAGAAAAAACUUCACCCGCAUAUAACAUUGUGAAGGUAUUUGAUGUGGCUUUAUGGUGGGCUGUUGGAUUAGGUACCAUAGCUACCGGUAUCAUUCUAGCAGGAAUGAGCUUUCUUGGAAACUAUAUGGGUAAUCCACAGCAUGAUUAUGUGAUUAUUAUGCUCAUGCCGCUGAUGUUAAUAAAUGCAGAAGGAAUGCCAGAGUGGUUUUUAAGCAAGAAUAAAAGAGUUUACUCUGUAAGUAUUCUGCUCUUGAGCUGGGGGAUAGGAGCUGCUUUUCUUACCAAUGCAUUCUCAUGUAAUUUAAGAGCUAUCCUUCUACAACCAUCCUAUGAUAAUCCACUGGAGACUGCCCAACAAAUAUAUGAAGAAAAUAGGGUUGUUCUUCUGAUGAGUUCUGCACAGUACUAUGAAACCCUGAAGUCAUCAAGAGAUCCAUGGCAAAGGAAAAUGGAGAAUUUUAGAUAUUUUAAUCCAUUGGAGGAACCAUUGAAUGAGAUUAUGAUGGGAAUAAUGAAGGGGAAUGGAGAAGUUUUGAUUAUAACAAAGGAUGUUUCUUUAUUUCUGAUUCAGCUUAUUCCUGCAUUCUCAAAACGAUCAACUCCGGCCUUCUAUAUAGCAAAGGAACCAAUAGGAUCCUACUAUGGUAGUAUGGUUGUUCAGAAACAAUCUAAAUGGGAAAAGGAUUUGAAUAUGCACAUUCUAAUCUGCAAACAGGCUGGUUUAGAGCAGAAGGUUUGGAAUUCUUUAUCAAAAACUCUCUAUUUUGAGGGGAUUUCAGAUACGGAAAAGUUAAACCUCGAACAUCUUGUUAUUCCUUUUGCUAUGCUUGCAGUUGGAUUCUUCCUGGGCUUCAUAGGAAAUAUCUUGUUCACACUUUUAUAA